CAUAUAGAACCAUGGCCGCCUGCUUACGUUCCCCUUCCCGAGCCCCUCAUCUGCUGCCUGGACAAGUACUGAUCCCGCUGCCAGCAUGCUGCGUCGUAAAUCUCAAUGUUGCUGGAUAUGUUGACCGCUGACACGCCUGCCAAACACGGCCACGCCCACGCCCACGACCACGACUACUCUCCCCCGCGGCGCCUGCCCUCGCCGCCGAACCCCAAGAAUGGCGCCUACUCACUGGCCCAGAUGCCGCUGGCGCUGCUGGGCUCUGUCCUGAGGUACCAGACGCCGUCGCCCUCCGCCACGCCCGCGCCGGCGCCCGCCCUCAGCGCCGGCACCGCCUCGCAGCAUGCCCCCAAUGCCUCUCCUAUGGUCGCCCCCGCCCACCCCGCGCCCCGCAACUCGCACUCGUCGCGGCCAGGCUCCUCUGGCAGCGCCGCGGCCGGCGCGAAGCCGAAGAAGCGUGCGGCGCGCCCCAAGACGAGCUACAUGCUUGCCCACCCGCCGCCGCAGGUCCACCACCCGCGCGCCAAGCUGCACAUCCGCCCCAAGGUGCAGCUGCAGCUCCACCAGGUGCUCGCCGCCGAGCGCCCGCGGCCCGUGUACGAGGUCAUUCCCUUCACGCUGCUCGCGCCGCGCUCGACCCGCCGCCUUGCGCGCGCCUUCAACACGCGCGAGCGCCUCGGCCUCAACGACCUGCUGGUGGUCAAGGCUGCCGCGUACGGCCACACCGACGACGAGCACAAGUCCGACGACGAGCGAUGGGGGUCGCGCGAGGUCGUCGCCGUCAUCUGCCCCGGCAAGAUGGACCGCGGCCAGGUCGUCAGCCACACGGAGAUCUGCAUGGACGACGGCACGAGCCGCUGGGAAGUCACCCACAUGCCCAACGGCGGCUACGAGUUCAACUCGGUCGACGAGCACGGCCUUGCCCUGAAGGCCCGCUGGGUCGCUAAGCCGCCCGCCUCGCGCCGCACCUCCAGCCAGUCCGUCCCCGACCCGCUCCUGCCUGGCCAGCUGCCCAAAGACGACUCCAAGUGGAACUUCAGCACCAUCUCGCCCACCUCCCGUCGCCAUCCUGUAAUUGCCACCAUGACCCGCACUCGCAUCGACGUCCACGACUCCUACACCAUGCCUGCCGUCACCCAGCCGUCGACGCCUGAUGCCCACACGUCUGUCUCGCCAUCGCCGGCCCUCACUCCUGCAAGCAUCGACGCUGCGUCCUUCCUCGACGCCAAGAGUGGCUCCCUAAUCAAGACGGAGGAGGCCCUGCGACGCUUCAUUCUCGUGAGCGGCAUCUGGGUGUCCUCUCUCCACGAAAACUACGAGCUCGCAACCUCACCCUUGACACACCUUUUCAAUUCUUCUGGUUGCCUCCGCCCUGCCAUGGCCCGCACAGUAUCCAUGUCCUUCCUUGAUUCGCCGCGCUCGGCAUCGCCCGUCUCGACAGAUGAAAAUGAAAAGUCUAUUCCUAAGCUGCUUCGACAUACUUCGCAGCGACUGAACCGUCACUCCAGCUUCACCGACGCACCUGCAUCGCCAAUGUCAGCGAAAGUAGUACCUUCGUCCCCCGCCAUUAAGACCCGCUCGCGCCGUGCCAACACGACUGGUACACACAAUCUUUACAGCUUGAGUGGCAGUAUGAAGAAACGAUAUGGCAUUCCGUCCCAAGUCGAGACACUUUCAGAAACAGAAGAAGACAAGGAGGACAAGCGUAGCGGGGAGUUUCUCAAGCAGCUCGAACAUGCAACACCGGUCGAAGUAACACCAAACAAGAGCUCCACAACAGAAGCCCCUGCCCGGCCGCCAGCACUUGUCAUACCCACAACGAACGUGAUCCGUCCCUCGACUGAUGGAAUGACCUCCCCAAUGCUUCUCCCGUCACCGCAACUUCCAGACUCAGAUCGCACGCGCAAGACUCAAUCAGCAUACAACCCUAUUACGACUGCCGGCAUGUGGGACUCAGGUGUCACUGACGGACCGGGCUUGAAGAGACGCCCAACCAGCAUGUUCGUCAUGAACGAGCGUAAGAAGAAAGAGGAGAAGAAGCGAGGGCGAAGCGAGGGAAGGGGCAAGAAACAGGAGAGUGAGAAGCCUGAUCGCAGCACGAGCAAGGAGGAUCUGAAGAAAGGCAGUAAAGACAAGGACUGCACCAGCAUCAAACGGAAACUGAAGAACAGCCUGAAAGGCAUGUUUGGGCGCAAGGAGAAGAUUUGAGUUAUAUUUUGAGUUCAUUGCAUUGCGGACUGGAUAGCGAGUCCUGCCCGGCGUUCCAUUCCUUUGUAAAUUCCCUUUCUACAUCACUACUUGAGAUCGAUCAAAAUUUCCUAGACGCAAAUCCUCACGAUACCCAAACCCGGUACUGCUCCAAUCGAAUCCGAUUUCUCAAACCUGUUGCUUCCAUCUCUCGUCCAUGACUCUCCCCGUAGGCAGCCACACCU